AUGUCUACGACGGUAGAUAAGAUCAAGGAGAUCGAGGCCGAACUCAAGGCCAAGCUUGCCAAGCUAAAACGUGAGCUCUUGACUCCGUCUUCGGGCGGUGGCGGUGCUGGCGCUGGCUUCGACGUCGCGAGGACUGGCCUGACUGGCCAGCACUCCGAGGCGGCUGCCUACGAGUUCACCACGUUGACUUCGGUGCCCGGUCAGGUUGUCUAUAACGGCGCCCCGCUACAAAUGAUCGACUUGCCCGGUAUCAUUGAAGGUGCCAAAGACGGUCGUGGUCGUGGUCGUCAGGUCAUUGCCGUCGCCAAAACGUGCAAUCUCAUCUUCAUCGUGCUUGACGUCAAUAAGCCUUUGUCCGACAAGCGCGUCAUCGAGUCGGAACUGGAGGGGUUCGGCAUCCGCCUGAACAAGAGCCCGCCAAACAUCACCUUCAAGAAGAAGGACAAGGGUGGCCUCAACAUCACGAGCACCGUCGCCCUCUCCCACAUUGAUCACGACGAAAUCAAGGCCGUCAUGAAUGAGUACCGCAUUGCUUCCGCCGACAUCACCAUCCGCUGCGACGCUACCGUCGACGACUUGAUCGAUAUCCUCGAGGCCAAGAGCCGAAGCUAUAUCCCCGUCAUCUACGUCCUCAACAAGAUUGAUGCCAUCAGUAUCGAGGAGCUUGAUUUGCUCUAUCGGAUCCCUGAUGCCGUGCCCAUCAGCUCGGAGCACGGCUGGAAUGUCGACGAGCUUAUGGAGGCUAUGUGGGAUCGACUGAAUCUGGUCCGCGUUUACACGAAACCGAAGGGCAAGAUGCCCGACUACUCGUCUCCCGUGGUUCUGCGGUCGAACAAGUGCACCGUCGAAGAUUUCUGCAACGCCAUUCACCGCACAAUCGUCGAACAGUUCAAGCAAGCUGUGGUGUAUGGCAAGUCGGUCAAGCAUCAACCCCAACGCGUUGGUCUCUCCCAUGAGCUAGCCGACGAAGAUAUUGGCAUGACCAGGGACACCUGCCAAGAGGAGGGCAUGUCGGCACUCGACCUAAGAAUAGACAAGGAGCCUGGAAGUAUCUAG